UUUCACUGCAUAAGAAAAAAAGACAGAAACGAGGAGUCACGUGAAACUGGUUCUGGUCAUGUGAUCAUGUGAGCUGAAAAUGGCAGCUACAGGAGAUGAGUCCGCAGUGAUGGACAGCAUCUGCAAAGCGCCCGCUCCCCCGACCGACCUCCAGCUCACAGCCGAGCCCGAGCCCGAGCACGAGCACGAGCAGGAGCACAGGAGAGACGAUGCGACAGAGAACCCAAAAGCCAAAAGACCCAGUACUAACAAUGACGGAGGAGUGGAGACGGCGGAGGAGGCCACUGAACCCGCUGAACCUGAUAUCAAUGAGCUCUGCAGAGACAUGUUUGACAAAAUGUCAGUUUUCUUACAGGGAGAGCUCACCGCAACCUGUGAGGACUACAAGCUCCUGGAGAACAUGAACAAACUCACCAGUCUGAAGUACAUGGAGAUGAAGGACAUAUCCAUCAACAUCAGCCGCAAUCUACAAGAUCUCAACCAGAAAUAUGCCAGUUUGCAGCCUUAUCUGGAUCAGAUUAACCAGAUCGAAGAGCAGGUUACGGCUCUGGAACAGGCUGCUUAUAAACUAGACACAUAUUCAAAGAAACUGGAGGCCAAGUUUAAGAAACUGGAGAAGCGGUGAAAGUGACCAGGAACUCCUUCAAAGUAGUCCUCCUCCAAAUGUAUCUGGGAAUCUCAGAGAUUGUGUUUGUUUUAUGCACUAAACAAUCUUCAGACCGAUAUCACACACGCUAUGGCAGCGUAUUAGUCUCGCUAGGUUAUGGAUUGUGCAGCAAGUAACCUUAGGUACAUAAUAUUGAAUGCACAUUUAUUGAUCAGAUGCUACACAGGCUAGACUGCACAGGGCAGGAGUGUCAGCUUCCAGACCAACUUCUGAUUUCAAAAUGCAUGAAUAUAGAUAAAUCUGUACAGUGUAUUUACAAUAGCUUGUUACAGUAUAUGUUGUUAAAGAUGAUUCACCCAUUAUUUUGUAUGUUUGCAGUAAGAAAAGCGAAUGUUUUGCUAAGCAUUUGUAUUACUUUUGAAUUAUUUUCAAAAUCUUAACUAACCUAACUAAAAGGAAAAAAAAAAGUGUGAAGUGAAUGUUAUUACAUAUUUUAAUAAUGUGCAGCUAACAAACAUCUCACAAUUUCUACCUUAAUUUACAUUUUAUACUGCUGCUUUUAUGCAAUUAUGAUUCAUUGCAUUACAUGUUAUUGAUGGUAUAGUCAUGCAAAA